AUGGCGGAAGCGGCGCGCAAUCAGCUGUAUCUUACUUUCAAGAAUCUACUCGCCUCCGGCAAAUUCUCUGAUCUCACCGUAACCUGCGGACCCGACUCCUACAAGGUUCACAAAAAUGUGGUGUGUUCCCGCGCGGAGUUCUUCUCUCGAGCUGUCAAGUUUGGGGGCAAGGAGACUGAGCAAGGCAGUGUCGAUCUCCCAGAAGACGAACCCGCUAUUGUUAAAUUGAUGAUGCAGUACAUCUACGAAGGCGAAUACGAUCCUGCUCUUCCCGACAACGAGCUGGGCGGUUCCACGAAAAUCACAGUACCCCCGACUCCCACACCACCGCACAAGAAAUCGCGGGUAGCGAGACAGAUGUUCGUACCCGCAACGCCAACAUCGUUUCCACACUCCUCCCUGCCUAUCCCCGGCACGUCUACACAGCUGAUGGUCCACGCUAAGCUGUAUGAAAUCGCGGACAAGUACGACGUAGUUGGUUUGAAGGAGCUGGUGAUUGAGAAGUUCAAGCGAGCUUGCCACAGCUUCUGGAACGAUCCGUCCUUCGCAAACGCGGCUCAUCACGUUUUCUCCACCACCCCCGAACACGACAAAGGUUUAAGGGACAUUGUGUCGAAGACCAUCGCGGAACACAUGGCCGAGCUUGUGAAGAAGCCUGAGGUUGAGGCGUUGCUUACCGAGUUCAAUGGAUUAGCCUUUGGCUUGCUCAAGAUGAAGACGGAGGCUGGUUGGAAGUGA